AUUGUGAUUGAAAAGUUAACCAAAAAUGUUACUGCGGCUCAUCUACGGGAAAUAUUUGGUAGCUUCGGAGAUAUCCAGUCCGUUGACCUGCCCAUGAACAGAGCUUUCAUGACAAACAGAGGAACAGCGUAUAUCUUGUAUUAUGACCCUGCAGAUGCCGAAGCGGCAAUUGCCCAUAUGCACGAAGCUCAGCUUGAUGGCGCUACAUUGAAUGUAUCUAUAGUUCUCCCUAGGCGGGCAUUUUCACGUUCACCACCGCCCUCCCAUACAGGAUUUGGUCGCAAAAAAUACGGCCGGCGCGAACCUUCAAACAGUCGUCCCUCCCGCCGUUCUCCAUACUCUCACAGGUCCUCAAGGCGAUACGGUCGUGCCCGGCACUCAGAAAGACAUGAUUUGUAUCGGCCACGCUCACUAUCCAGAUCACGAUCUCCUCGCCGCCCUCGUUCAUUUUCUCCUCAUUCCCCGUCGGUAUCGCCACCAAGGAGAGGUAACUUGCCCGCGGGAAGUCCACGACGUCGUAGGCGUCGAAGUCCUAGUUAUAGCAGCUAUGACUACAGCAGUCAUAAUGACAGAAGCCGAAGCAGAAGCAGAAGUCACAAUUAG